UGGCGGCGAAAUUGAAUUUUUAUUUAGUUUUUAUGCAUUUUCUACCGCGAUGACCCCGAUUUGAAAUUGAUGUAUAUCCUAUACACUUAAUACUUUCUAAUAAAGUAUCAAGCAUUCAGAAAUAAAAAUCAUCAAUCAAACAGUUGAACUUGAGGAUAGGAGGAGUGAACAGUAAGGAUGGAGAGAGUGGUUGCCCUUGUUGACAUGGACUGUUUCUAUGUGCAAGUAGAACAGAGAUACAAUCCGAGUCUGAAAGGCAAGCCGUGUGCUGUGGUACAGUAUAACCCCUGGAAAGGAGGAGGCAUCAUAGCUGUCAGUUAUGAAGCUCGAGCGUUCGGUGUGACUCGACAGAUGCGUGGUGAUGAUGCGAAAGCCAAAUGUCCGGCCAUCAAUUUAGUAAGGGUGCCCCAAGUCAGGGGCAAGGCAGACCUCACAAAGUACAGAGAGGGUGGAGCCGAGGUUAUUGAGGUGUUGUCACGCUUCAGUGACUGUGUGGAGCGUGCGAGCGUAGACGAGGCGUACAUUGACCUGACCGAUGAAGUUAACAAGCGAAUGGUCAAUCUGGGUCAGAGACCGGUCAGUCUGGGAGAUCUGCCUAACACACAUGUAGUGGGGCAUGAUAAGGAUAAAGAUGGUAAAGAUCAGUCUGACUGGCUUGGUCAGGCUUUUGAUCCUGACUGUCUUGAGGUACAUGACCAGCGUCUUGCUGUGGGUGCAGUGAUCGCAGAGGAAAUGAGGGCGGCUGUGUUUGAAGACACAGGAUUCAGGUGCUCAGCAGGCAUUGCUCACAACAAGAUUUUGUCCAAGCUAGCGUGUGGGUUCCAUAAACCUAACAAGCAGACAAUUUUGCCACACUCGGAGGUUCAAAACCUGUUCAUAACAUUGCCUAUCAGAAAAAUUCGUAGCUUGGGAGGAAAGCUGGGAGUUCAGGUUAUGGAACACCUGCAAGUGGAAAACAUGGCUGACCUCGUGCCGUUCUCUGAGAAGGCUUUACAGCAGUUUCUAGGGGAGAAAAAUGGAACGUGGCUGUACAACAUGUGCCGAGGUUUUGACAACGAGCCUGUCUCAGCACGACAGCUACCCAAGUCUGUCGGCUGUAGUAAGAACUUCACAGGGAAAAACUGCCUGGACACUGGAGAGAAGGUGAACUUCUGGUUGUCUGAGCUUGCCAAGGAAGUGGAGGAGAGGCUGAAGAAAGACAAGCAAAAUAACAAGCGAACAGCACGGACAUUAACCCUGUCAGUGCGAUACGAGGCCAAACCAAAGCCCCAGUCUGCCUCCCGAGUUUGUGCCCUCAUGCGAUACGACGCCCUGAAGUUCACAGAAGACGCUUUUGCCCUGGUAAAGCAGUUCAACAGCUGUCCUCCUCACCAAGCUGCUUGGUAUCCACCCAUCAUCUGUCUAGGCUUAUCAGCUGGGAAGUUCCAGGAUGACAACAGCUGUAGCACAACCACCAUAGGUGACAUGUUUGCCCGGACAGAGAAAAUGGCAUCUCAAACUACACAGGGUACGGGACCAGAGUUGUUAUCUUCGCAGGCAAUAAAUGUGGACCAGCCUAGUCAAAACAGUUGUAUGUCACAGGUCUGUGAUUUUGACUUUGCGAGUCAAAAAUCUUCAUUUAAGAAGGCCUAUUCUGAUCAUGGGAAUAUAAAUAACUUCUUCAAAACUGUGAAUCAGAAAGAUUCCACAGAAAACUGUGAACUUUUUGUUGAAAGUAAAUGUUCAACCGGAAUAGUAGAUACUCCAGGCUCUGAUCAAGCCGAUACUGAAAUUUCUUGUGUUAGUGAUAAGAAAAUAAACAACAAGUGUACAAGUGAUAGUUCAAACUCUAUUAAGUCAUUUUUCAAGAGAAAACAACUGGGACUUUCAAUAGCUUUACAGCCUUGUGGUGAUGACAUUAAACAAAAAAGUAAUGUUGAAAAACUAAAAACUAAUGAAACUGGAACACAAAGAAACAAAUACUUGUUUAGCGAGAAUUCGCAUGACAAAAGUAUAACUUCACAACAAGCUGACAUUGGAGAAUCUGUAGUUACUAUACUGGAUGAUUGUGAUGGAAUAGGUUUGACUAAUUCAUUAACUGACACUUUGGGAGCUGACAAUUGUGAUAGAUUCAAAGCCAGUUCGACAUACUGUGAUAGAGUUGAAGCAGGUCUGACAAACGGUGAUGGAGUUGAAGCAGGUCUGACAAAUGGUGUUGCAGCAGGUCUGACAAAUGGUGAUGGAGUUGAAGCAGGUCUGACAAAUGGUGAUGGAGUUGCAGCAGGUCUGACAAAUGGUGAUGGAGUUGCAGCAGGUCUGACAUAUGGUGAUAGAUUCAAAGCCAGUUCAACAUAUUUUGAUAGAGUCACAGCAGGUUUGACAAAUGAUGAUAGAGUCACAGCAGGUCUGUCAUAUGGUGAUAGAGUAGCAGCAGGUCUGACAAAUCGUAAUGGGGUCACAGCAGGUCUGACAAAUGCUGAUAGAGUCGCAGCAGGUCUGACAAAUGAUUAUGGAGUUGCAGCAGGACUGACAAAUGUGUCUGUUUGUGAUGACGAUUAUGUGCAAUGUGAAAAGUGCAGUAUGAAGAUCUCGGUGUGGGAGAUGCCAGAACACAUGGAUUUUCACUUUGCUCUGGAACUACAAAAAGACUUGAAUACUUCUGACAGACUGGUGUUACCUAGCAAAACAAAUGUUCAAAACAAUGGCAAGAGGAAAUCUGAUCAGGCUUCUCAAAAUGCCACAAAGAAAACAAAAAGGACGAGCAAUGCUGCGAAUCAGGGAAAAUUGGAUUCAUUUUUUGUAAAACACAAUUGAAAUAUGAUACCAGAGCUCCAGAUAAGGUAUUGGGGAUAAGGGAAAUUUACACCCAGGAGUAUUUAUUGAAGUGUCAAAAGUAUUUUUCCAUGAAGAUAUUUUAUCAACAAGUAUCAAAAGAAAUGUAAAAGUCUGUUUUAGGUAUUAAUACCGUAGAUAGUUAUAGCUAAACCAGUUGCUAAAAAAUUUAAAAAAAACUUAGACAAUAAACUUUCCUUAAAAACUAUAAUAUAGGAUAUGGUAAUGUAAAGUGAAGUGAACACCGUCUUGAAUUUGUUGCUCUCAUCUCUCAAAGACUCUAAUGGCUUUAUAGUCUACAUGCUGUUACAAAUGCCAAACAAAAGGAAGGCAAAUUUCACUAUGUCCAAUGCUUGUUGAUAACGCAUAGGUUCUAAAGUAAGUCAAUUGUGUUUUAUAGUUUAAAUGCAUAUUUAUUAGUUGAGCUCCUUAUCUGGAACUCUGUGAUACAAUGCUAUCAAAACAACAUUGCAUACUGAUAUAACAUUGAGUCUGUACAUAAUAAAUUGAUAUAUUUUUACACUUGGAUAAAUAAUGUUUUUUUAGCCUACCUGAGCACAAAGUGCUUAGCGUGAGCUACUGUGAUAGGGUGAUUGUCUGUCCAUCUGUCUGUCCAUUGUCAGCAUUUUCCUUCAAACAACUUCUCCUCCUAAACAACUGGGGAAAGUUUAACCAAACUUCGUGAGAAUGUUCCUUGGGUGGUCCUCUUCCAGAUUUCUUCAAUAAAAAUUGUUCCAUGCAGAACUCGGGUUGCCGUGGCAACCUGAAAACAAACAAACUUGAAAUCCUUCCUCUAGAAACCACUGGCCGGAUGUUAACAUAAUUUCACAGAAUGCUCCCUGUUUCAAAUUCCUUCAUGCCAUGUUGAUUCGUAAAAAAGCAUGGCCGCCAUAGGUGGGGCUACUUUUCAUUAUAUGUCUAUACCUGAUUUUAAAAUAUGGUAAUCUCAGGGAAAUGUUCCUUCGUUGAUCCUUUAUUUGAUUCCUUCACCCCAUGUUGAUUUGAAAAAAGACAUCGCAAUCAGGGGGCCGGGCUUCUUCACACUGUGUUUAUAUUGAAAAUCUUCUCUUCAGAAACUCUUGGCACAAUAUCAAAAUAAUUUGACUGUAGUGUUCCUUAUGUGACCCUCUGUCAAAUUCCUUAAUGCCAUGUUGAUUCAUAAAAAAACAUGGAAGUUAGAGGCGGGGCUAGUUUUCACUGUCGCCAUUUUCACUAUAAAUGUCACACAGGCGACAACCCUUCGUUAUAUGUCAUUUCCCUGCUUGGUCGUAUCUAUAUCUUUAACAUAUUGUGUUUUCCAUGUAUCUAAAUGAUGUCUCUAGCUGAAAAACGGUAUUUGACAUGCCCAUGAGUGGUAUGCAUUCCACACAAUUCAAAAUUGUUGUUAUAAAAUGGUGCAAUUUCAUUGUUAUUCUGUUGCCCCCAAAAAAUUUAUUUUUUCCAAAUUGAAUUAAAAGAGGAAAACUAGGACACAUCAAAAAAAGGUUGACUUUGUCAUUUAGUGAAAAAUUUAAUUAGUUUCAAAUAGUUUUUAUUUUAUCAAAUUAUGAGCAACACUCACCUAAAGGCAUUAGUUUAUGUAUAUACAUGUCUUUGUUAUACAUUUGGCAUUUUUACCCAUGUUCUAAUAAUGCACUGGCAUAUUUAAAAAAAAAACUGCUCAAAAACUUUAAUAUUAUACUUUAAAAUAAAUCACCAUUGUUGCAGUAAUGAAAUAAAAUGGGUUCACUAGAUUAUCUAAGAAAUUAAACAAACAUUGUUUUUGUACUUCUAGGUGCUUGAAGAUGGUAAAUUCUGUAGUGUCCGCAACGGGUCUGAUUUUACUACAUGGCAUUAUUGUUACAGACACAUGCUAUUUUAAUGUUAAAAUGGCUUGACAACUUGUUUUGAUCUAUCAACUUAUUUUGGUUUUCAGUUGGUAACUAUUUCCAUAAUAUCUGAAUAAAUGUGUCCGCAACGUGAAUUUGAAUUGUAUAUUUCACAGUCAAAAAACAGUCAUUGCUUUGUUUAUUAUGACAUAAAUGAAUAACCUAUAGCAGGAAUAUAACACUAAACUUGAAUAAAAGAUAUAUUUGUAAAGAAACAAUGUCAUUCUCUUUUUGUUAUAAAGAUUGUAUAACUCUUAUAUCAGUUAUGUCUCCAUACAAGUUAAAUUUAUUAAUCAAUUUUGUUGCGGACACUACAAAACUCAUUCAUGGUGUGGUGCUUUAGAAUAAAACUAUUUUAGCGGCAGAAAUGGAUAAGAAACCAUUAAUUUAACAAAUACAGAGCACUCUAGAAAAUGCAAAAAGGACUAUGAAAGUGAAAAAGAAAAGGACAGAUUAAGUUGGCACGUUCCAAAUUAAAAAAAAAAUGCAUUAAAAAUAAUGAAAAACUUCAGAAAGAGGAGAGAGCUUAAAAAAGUGAGGAAGUCAGAAAAUAUAGGACCAAAAAGAGACAAAAACAAAAGAGUGACCAAAAAAUGAGAAUGGUCAAAACUUAAAAGGGAUCAAAAGAAAAAAGGUGCAUAGCUCAGAACACAGAAAUGGCGCUUAAGAGUAGAACUGAAUGAUACACUAUCAGAAUCAAACAUUCCAGUAAAUGAAAAUCAGAUUGAAGAUGUGGAACUUAACAGAGAAAAUAAUGAGGAUAACUGUCACACACAAGUAAUGAACAGAACAGGUAGUAAAGAUAAAAGAACCACAGCAGAAAGUAGUAAGUGCAAGACACCUUACUUUCUAAGAUGGUCUGAAUUCCAUUUUAUUUAACGCGUGAAGGACAUCAUGCCUGCUACACCCGCAAAAGCGGCAGAGUUAGGCUUAUUGAAAGACUGGUGUCUUCACCAUCCACAUCCAAACAGCUAAAACAACGAAGUGUUAUAGCAACACCAGAAAUAAAGGAUAUGGCAACAGUUGGGGAACACUUUAUCCAGUCUGUAAAAGCUAUGAAAGAGAUGAGCAAUGAACAAACUACAAAUGACGAAACUAACGAGUCUGAAAGAGCUGAGAAAAAAGAAAAGAUACAUGCAAAGAAAACUCUAAAACAUUUCCUUAAUGAAAGUACAAAGAAGACAAUGCUGAAAAGGAAAUUUGAAAAUGGCACAGGCCUCUGGACCAGUGUGUGUAUACAAUGUGAUAAAUUACGUCAUAAAUGCUACGUCAGAAGCCAAUAUUUUGCUUCAAAUGAAGACUUUAAACAAAUAUUACUUUACUAUCUAUUCACCAUUUCAAAUUAAACAAAAUGCAGUUAACGCCGCUUACAGAGCCCCACCUUUGGUAUUUUACUAGAGUUUGAUUGAGAGUUUAGUUUCUUAAAACACUUCAACAAACCUUUUCACAAAACCGCCGCCUGAUGGAGCACUGUUAAAACAUUAGUUUGGAUACAGGUUUGUUAAAGUCAAAGUCCGAUAAUGAAACGAGGGCGGGGCUCUUUGAGCAGCAUAGACUGCCCUUUGUUUCAUUUAUAAUGGUAAAGAAAAAGAAAAGUUAUCUUUGUUUUUAGUCUUCAUUUGAAGCAAAAUGUUGCCUUCUAACGAAGCAUUUAUGACAUAAUUUAUCACGUGGUAUACACACACUGUGGAAAAAGCGAAAAAUCUAACUGCUGGUAGAAGAAUAGAGCACGAACAAUUUGAAAAGGGCAUGUUUCGGCGGACACAGAAUGAAUGUUUAAAGACUUCUAUCUGUUUGGUGCGGUUAGAAAGACAAUCAGCUAAAGUUUUUGAUGACCAUGACGAUAAAUGAUAACUGUUCAAAACAAAGUUUCCAAAUAUGAAGGUUGGCCUUACAACUCUCUACAAGCUUAAACCUAAAAAUGUACGUAAAGUCAGUGAAACAAACAGAAAAUGUUGCCUAAUUGUCAAGUUUGUUGCAAUAAAGCUUUAGUUGCAGAAGGUAUUAACAACUUUGUAAGUGGAAAAGACGGGGCAGGGAUCAAUAAAAUAAGCCAAUCCGAAAUUGCCAACAUGAUGAUGUGUGGUGAUAGCGAUUCCCAUAAUUGUUACUGUUACUAUAGACAGAUAAUAUGUAUUGAAUUGUUAAUUUAGUUUAGUUAAUACAAUUGUUCUUGUUCAUAUUUAUAUUUCAUAGGAAAAGUUUCAAUAGUUGAUAAAUUUAUCUAAGUGUUUGCUGCUAUAUCCUACAUUGUUGUAUAUGAAAAAAACUGUAGUGUCCGCAACAUAAUGUGUUUUGUUCUUUACGAGAAUUUCUUUGUAAAUACAAGAAUUUUGUUUGUAAAGAUAAGCAAGUUCUUUGUUGAAAAUGUUACAUUUCAAGUUUAUAUUGCCUAUAUUAAGAGAUAGUCUAGUGAUUUACUGCAAUAUGCAAAAUGUAUUAAUGAUAUAUUCGGUAAAAUAUAAAUUGAUUUAUGGUAAUAUUUUUAUCAUUAUUAUUCACACUUAAAUGUUUCUAUAGUCAGUAAGAAUAUGAUUUUUAAGUUUAACAGUGAACAACGUUAUUUUUAUAUAGGAGAAAAUAUAUACUUGACUUAACAUACAUAAAGAAAACAAUUGUAGUGUCCGCAACGAAAUUGUGUACUGUUGAAAAAUGUGUGACAAUUGAUAAAUCCAUGGUUAUGUGCCAACAUUUUCUUUAUAUAGUUGACAAUUGAUACCAUUCAGAUUUUUUUAUUUUCUUGUAGAGUAUUUUUUUCUAGACCUUUCUGAAUAAGUGGUUAUAGUUUUCCUUAUCUUGAGCAACAUGUUACUCACAGUGAAAUUCAGUGAUAAUCUAUAUACAGUAAUGUAUUUUGGGGUUGAACUUCUGUAUGAUGUUGAGUUUCAAUAAAUAUAACCAAAACAAGCAAUGUUUAAGGUAUUUUUUGAAGAAAUAUGCAAGUGUAGCAACAUACUACUCUCUAUACUCUACAUAUAUGUAGUGUCCGCAACGAUCAUACCUGCUGUUAUAGGAUGGGCCAUAACUUUUGAACGACUUGAGUCACAGACAUAGAACUUCAGAAAAUUAUGCUCAGAUAGUAUGUCAAUCUGAUCAUAAUAAAUAAUAAAUAGUAGAAAACAUUUCAUUAUUCAUAAUGAAGUGCAACAUCCCCGUGACAUUUAUAGUGAA